CUCUUCCGGCUUCCCAUAACCUAUAUUGCACCGCGAACCGCGAGGCACGUGAGAUUGUUACAGCGUGUUGUUUUGAUUGAUUCGAGAAACAUGAAAGUGAAGAGAGAAGAGGCUACGGCCAAGAAGUCGGUCUUGCAAAAAGUUGCCAAGAGCAAGCAGAAGGCGUCGAAGCCAAAAGCAGGGGCCAGCCUCGAGAAAGCUGUGAAAAAUGUCAAGCAAAUUUUCAAGAAAAAGAGAGCAGAGGCUAAAGCAGAGAGAGCCAAGAAAAAUAAUAAGGCAAGUUUAGCGAGACCGAAAUCUAAACAGUUCAAACCGCGGAAAUCAAGAAAUAGGGGAAUAGUCUACGUAGGACACAUACCUCAUGGAUUUUACGAGGAACAAAUGAAGGAGUAUUUCCAACAGUUUGGGAAUAUAACUCGCCUACGAGUGGCAAGAUCCAAAAGGGUAU